AUGAUCGACAUCACAGCAGACGACGGUACUGCAGGGAGAUGUAGUCUUGAUUGGGCGCUGCGAAGACGAAGACCUCGACGGCGGCUUGGCGAGCGGCACCGUGGAGGAGGUGGACCUGGAGCCUGGCUGAAGGUACGGCCGCUCAAUUGGAGACGUCUUGCGUCCGAGUCAGCGCAACAGCAGAAAGGCUUUCUUUGUCGAGCGGUGAACAGUCUAGCCGUCGCCUUGUCGCAGGGCUUGUGUGAGCAGAAGAGAAGACAAGAAAAGCAGACAGAGUGA